AUGACGUUACCUUACUCUGUGAACGGUUAUCCCCACUACAUCCAUCAAGCUGAUUGGCCAGCGGGAAAAUCGAUGGGCUAUGCUUCAACUAUCACUCCACGCGGAUUUCGACUCAAUUUGUACAAUACUCAUACUCAUGCGCGGUACCAACUGAAACACGAAGAUGAUCUCGUAGAAGGGCAUCGACUAACACAAGCAAUCGAACUAAUGGAAUUUGUCAGAGCCUCAGCCGGUUCAGCUGAUGCCGUCUUUAUUGCUGGAGACCUCAAUUUGGAACCGUACACUACGGCAAUUCGACUAAUGAAGCGAUCUCUUGGGCUCAAGGACGCGUGGCUUGACCAGACCGUGCGACGCCCAGUGACAGAUGUCAAAUCGAUGGAAUUUGAGGGAGCAACAUGCGAACGAGCGGACUGUCCUUAUGCCAACAAAAAGUGGACCGAACACUAUGGAAAUGGUGUUCGAUUGGACUACCUCUUCUAUCGCCCGGGGAUAGUUGAAAAUGGUCUUUCUAGCGUAACGGUUGAGUGUGAGCAAUGCCAAGUAAGCAUGUUGGAGGUGCCAAAUAAGCCUGGCCUUUUCUACUCCGAUCACGCUUUCAUCAAGGGAGAUUUUACUAUUCGAAAGCAUGAAAAUCCCAUUCCUGAGGAACAUCCUCCAGUAGAUUCUGAAGAAUCUCUAGAAGCCCUUUUGAUUGCAGCCGAUAAAGAAAUUGAGAAACAGAUUCAAUUAGAAGGGAAAAAGAAGUUGAGAUAUUUGAUAGUAGCACCUAUCUUGAUUGUGGGCUUUCUGGUUCUUGGGACCGCCGUUCCAGUGUGUCAUCCAGCCUACAAAUUCUUCUCCUCUCUGGUACUCAUGUUAGCAGGUGCGACUAUUUUUGCUAUGAUUUGGGGUAAUGCGAUUGGUCGCCCUUGUAUACUGAGCGGCCUGCGCAACGCAAAAUUGGUAAUAUGGAAUCAACUCGUUGAAUUUACCAAGUAG